AUGAGGACACCGACGAUGCUGCUCCUUUUUAUCGGAGCUCUCAUCUUCUCCGGCGCCGGCUAUGUCAGAUCCGACGCCUCCGACCACCGUUACAAGGAAGGCGAGAUCGUUCCUCUCUACGCCAACAAGGUCGGCCCAUUCCACAACCCAAGUGAGACGUAUCGGUAUUUUGAUCUUCCCUUCUGCAUCCCAGAGGGUGUGAAAGAGAAGAAGGAAGCUCUAGGAGAGGUUCUCAAUGGUGAUCGGCUUGUGAGUGCUCCAUACAAGCUCAACUUCAAAGAUGAGAAAGAGUCUGAAGUAUACUGCAAAAAGAAGCUAAGUAAAGAAGAGGUCAAACAGUUUCGAAAAGCUGUGGAGAAAGACUACUACUUCCAGAUGUACUAUGACGAUCUACCAAUCUGGGGAUUCAUUGGAAAGGUUGACAAGGAGAUCAAAUCUGAUCCGAGUGAGUACAAAUACUUCUUGUACAAGCACAUCCAGUUUGAGAUUCUGUACAACAAGGACCGUGUGAUUGAAAUCAGUGCCAGAAUGGAUCCUCAUUCGCUUGUGGAUCUCACUGAGGACAAGGAAGUGGAUGCAGAGUUUAUGUACACUGUGAAGUGGAAGGAAACUGAGACUCCUUUUGAGAAAAGAAUGGAGAAAUACUCUAUGUCUUCUUCUCUUCCACAUCACUUGGAAAUUCACUGGUUCUCCAUUAUUAACUCCUGCGUCACUGUCCUUCUUCUGACUGGAUUCCUUGCAACUAUCUUGAUGCGAGUCCUCAAGAAUGAUUUCAUGAAGUAUGCUCAAGACGAGGAAGCUGCUGAUGAUCAAGAGGAAACCGGAUGGAAAUACAUUCAUGGCGAUGUGUUUCGGUUCCCAACGCACAACUCUUUAUUCGCUGCUUGUCUUGGUAGUGGUACACAGUUGUUUACGCUCACCAUAUUCAUUUUCAUGCUUGCUCUUGUUGGAGUGUUCUAUCCAUACAACCGAGGAGCACUCUUCACCGCUUUGGUGGUGAUUUACGCUCUAACUUCUGGAAUCGCCGGAUACACAUCUGCCUCUUUCUACUGCCAACUUGAAGGCAAAAGCUGGGUGAGAAACUUGUUACUCACAGGAUGCCUCUUCUGUGGCCCUUUAUUCCUAACCUUUUGCUUCCUCAACACCGUAGCCAUCACCUACACCGCAACCGCCGCAUUACCCUUUGGAACCAUUGUGGUAAUCGUCCUUAUAUGGACUCUAGUCACAUCGCCUCUACUCGUCCUAGGUGGCAUCGCCGGUAAAAACAGCAAAGCCGAGUUCCAAGCACCGUGCCGCACAACCAAAUACCCCCGCGAGAUUCCUCCACUCCCUUGGUACAGAAGCGCUGUGCCUCAGAUGGCCAUGGCUGGUUUCCUUCCUUUCAGUGCCAUCUACAUCGAGCUCUACUACAUUUUCGCUAGUGUCUGGGGUCACAGGAUCUACACCAUCUACAGCAUCCUCUUCAUCGUCUUCAUCAUUCUCAUCAUCGUCACUGCUUUCAUAACCGUCGCAUUGACUUACUUCCAGCUCGCUGCUGAAGAUCACCAAUGGUGGUGGAGAUCAUUCCUUUGCGGUGGAUCGACUGGUUUGUUUAUCUACGCCUACUGCUUAUACUAUUACUACGCGCGAUCAGACAUGUCCGGUUUCAUGCAAACCUCGUUCUUCUUCGGAUACAUGGCUUGCAUUUGCUACGGAUUCUUCUUGAUGCUGGGGACAGUCGGCUUCCGUGCAGCUCUCCUCUUCGUUCGUCACAUUUACCGGUCGAUCAAAUGCGAGUAA